AUGGUGCUCUGGUAUAAAUCAACCCAUCAAUAUCCGUUCAACUUCGAAACAGUCUCCGUUGCAGUGUUCAACAAGUAUCCAAAUCCUUAUGCUUCACAUGUGUUAUCUGUUGAUACUAUAGAUCGUGAAUUAAAAGAUGGCAAAUUAUAUACAACAAGAUUAAUUAAGAAGAUUGGGAAAUUACCAAGAUGGGUUAAACCAUUUUUAGGAAGAAUUAAUCAUUCAUGGAUUGUGGAAAAAACAAUAUUAGAUCCAAUGAAACAAAAAAUGCAAUCAUAUACAAGAAAUUUAGAUCAUACUAAAAUCAUUAGAGUUGAAGAAUAUACAACAUAUGAAUCAUCACCAUCAAGUGAAGAUAAAACAGAUGUUAUAUAUAACGUUAAAUUCAGUUCAGGUUUUAAAAAUGUUAUUAAAGAUAGAAUUGAAUCUUAUAGUCAUACAAAAUUUCAAGAAAAUAUUAAAAAUACCAAGAUGGGGAUGAGUUACGUUAUGCAAAAAUGUCAUGAAAGAAGAUUAUUAUGGUCUAAGAACAAAGUUGUUAGUUAA